UCAACAUAAUUACGAUACUAUCAAUUCUUAUAUAUACAUCACUGACUAGGCUUCUCCAUUGUUUCCUAGGACUUGUGAGAAUGACUAAUCUCCAAGAAAUCAUCACUGGAUACAGGACAACUUUCCAGAAGCAACGAUUCAUGGCAACGGCAGCUAUGAAGAGUGUGAAGAAUUAUUUCCAGUGGCUUUAUUUUCAAUACAUGAUAGUUACCUGCGGCAUUGACUUCGAACACUGGGAACAAAUGAUGAUUCACAUUUUUGUUAUCACUACUUUUACCAUGCUGGCAUACACAACAUAUGUGUUCAUUCCUAUUCAUCUGCACCUGGCUUAUCAGUUCUUUCUACAAUUUUUAAUCAAAUAGCAAAGGAGGACACUGAACUAUACCUAUUGCAACCAAGCUUGGGUGCUUCUGUGUAUUUUUGCUUCAUCUAUGUAAAUAGAAAAUUUAAAAACAUUUAAUAUCUUUCCUUCCUAAAUUAUUAUAUCAACUGGUACCAUUAGAUGUACAGUAUUAACUUGGAGGAGCUGCUAAAGAUUUGGAUAGUUUUCACAAUCUAUUUUAUCACAUUAAUUUUUUAUUUUAUUAUCAGACAAUGAAAUGAAGUGAAACUAAAAGUGGGUAGAUAUAUUGAGAGGGAAAAAUCAGGGAAAAUAUCAAAUAUGUAUACAAACUGAUAAGUAAUGGGAAAGUGAGUUUCAGUCUGAUAUUAGAGAUGUAAUUUAAAACUUCUGAACUAAAGUCUCAAUCUGUGGUAAAAUGUCUUAAGAGUAAUUUUUAUUUGGCACUUUUUUCCACUGUUAAUAUUCAGUUGGUGCGGAUAUUGUAAUAGCAGAACUAUAUAAUAGUCUGGCAGAUUGGACUGUGACUAAGUGUAAAAAGUCUACCCUUGUGACACAGAUGUUGUUUGAUAAUACAGUAUAAAAUAUGUAUUUGUCAAAUGAUUGGGAUAUGAUCUACUUAAGCUUUAUAAAUGGCUUGAUUUA